GGUCCUGCCGGCGCGGAGACUGGGGAGCGUUCCCUAAAAUGGCGGACGGCGCGGACGCAGGCGCGGGCCAGGCGGGCCGGGGCGGGGCGUCCGCUCACGGCAGCCCGCGGCGGCAGGGCGGGACAGAGCCCUUUAAGCUCCUAGGAAUUUUAGAUGUUGAAAAUAUUCCCUGUGCACGAGAUUCGAUAUUGUAUGGUUCGUUAGGAUCUGUUGUGGCUGGCCUUGGACAUUUUUUGUUAACUAGUAGAAUUAGAAGAUCAUGUGAUAUUGGAGUAGGAGGAUUUAUCUUGGUGACUUUAGGAUGCUGGUUCCAUUGUAGGUAUAAUUAUGCAAAGCUAAGAAUCCAGGAAAGACUUACCAGAGAAGGAAUUAAAAACAAGAUUUUAUAUGAAAGUACCCACCUUGAUCCUGAAAGAAAACAAACGAAUGGUGACAGCAGCAGCAAUUGAGCAGUCCUGAGCAUAGGAAACCCAGACACAACUCACCUUCAGUGUGAACAAAGCUGAGAUCAACUACAGAAGGCAUUUUAUGUACCAUAAGGCAGCUUUCAAUUAAGUAAAUAAAGCAUGUGUAAGCUGUAGUCUUUUUUACAGGUGUUUGAAUAUUUACAGACUUACUCUGACCCUUUAUCUACUGUUAGUAUAGCACACAGUGGACUCGUACUUAAACAUGCUUAGAAAAGUGUUUCCUUGUAGUAAGCAGCAAGUACACCUGACAUUUCAAGAAAUAAAGUCUCAGUUGGAUGUUAAAACUUGCCUUAAAAACAAAAAUUACAACUCUUAUUACUGUACCCCUGUUAAAAAUGAGGGGAUGCUCUCUGGUUUCUAAAGCCAGUGAUGUUAUAUCAGACUUAAGAUCCACUGAUCGUCACUUUCC